AUGGCAGAGUUCCCGAAUCUCGGAAAACACUGUGAAAGUGCAGUUUGUAAUCGACUAGAUUUCCUCCCUAUCAAAUGCUCCGGAUGUGCGCAUUUCUAUUGCUCAGAACACUUCACAUUUGAAGCUCACAACUGUCCGACUGGGUCGAGAAUAUCAGUUCAAGUUCCCAUCUGUCCGAUAUGUGAGAAGCCGGUACCGACACCAAAAGAUGGAAAUGUCGAUUAUCAAGUCAAUGAGCAUAUUCAAAACAACUGUCAAACCAAGAAAUCAAAAGUCUACACGAAUGCCUGCUCAGUUCCAAAGUGCCGGAAGAAGGAGCUAGUGGCCAUGAACUGCUCGAAAUGCAGAUUCAACUACUGUCUUUCUCAUAGACACGAACGAGACCACAGUUGUGAGCGGAAGUCGGAAGAAUACAAAAUGCAACAGAAGAAGAAUGCCGCCUCUUGGACUGACUCAUUCACAUCAAUCGCCCGAUCGCGAAUGAAUCCCUGCUCGUCUCAGGCAAGAACGGCGGGAGAUGAAGCACUCGCCCGAUCACUUCAGCAGGAGGAGUAUAACAGAGUCCCUCAUCAAAACCAGUCUAGAAAUUCCAACAAUAAUUGUACAGUUUCCUGA